AUGACACCAACAGCAUCAAAAAUAGUUUUAUAUUCAUCAUGGCUAUCAAGUUGUUCUUAUCGUGUUCGAAUUUGUUUGAAUUUCAAAGAGAUAAAUUAUCAACUAAAACCUGUUGAUUUAAUGAAAUUUUCAUCAUCUGAAAGUUACAGCAAUGAGUACGUAGCAAGUCCAACAAAAUAUGUACCAGCAUUAGAAAUUGACGGACAUACUUUGUUUGAAUCGAUGACGAUCAUGCAAUAUGUUGAGGAAACACGCCCACACAAUCCUCUUCUUCCAAAUGAUCCCUCAAAACGAGCUCAAGUCAGAACAAUUUGUGAUAUAAUCGUCUCUGGUAUUCAACCAUUACAAAAUAUUGCUGUUGUCAAUCGGAUUAUCAAACACUCUGUGGGCGAAAAUCAAGAACAUUGGAGACAAUUCUGGAUUUCAAGAGGUUUUAAUGUCCUUGAAAAGAUUUUAACUGAAACUUCUGGCAAAUAUUGUGUUGGCGAUGAAAUAACUUUUGCAGAUUGUUGUUUAGUUCCACAAGUUUUCAGUGCAAGAAGGCAAGUUUAA